AUGUUCGGUCGCAGAAGAAACAAACGUCGCAUUUAUCUAGCAUUCUUCCAUCGCGAAUUUACCCCAGACAACCCAAUCAAAUACCACACCGCCUUUCUUGUCACUCCCAAAAGACCUAAUUCAAUUUCUGAAGCAAAGAACAGCCGUAUCUUUCACGUCAGGAAAGACCUAUCGAAUGGAAGAGAAGAACGUUGGAUAUUCGACCCGAAGCCGACGCGCACUCGAUCGUACUUGCUGGCUGGUGUGAUGCUACUUGGAAAGGUGCCAAACGCGAUCUCGGCGGACGCGCUGGAAACUAUCUUUGAGUGUGUUCCUAGGCUUACGGCCCCGCGCGAUAAUCCGCGGUGGUUGUGCCGUGAUUGGAUUUGGAGCGCGUUGCCUAUUUUGGUUGCAGAAAAUGUUAUCAAACCUCUCCCAUCAGCUCCGAACGAGGUGUGGAAGGCUGGCUUGGCGUUUACCGAGGCCCAGAACGUGCCAAUGCUCUUCAACGCUAUUCCCUGCUGCGACGCGCUUGGUCGAAGAAUUGCGAGUGAGAUUGGACCCCUGGUCAAGAAUCCGACGGUGAAGGAUCCAUGA